CUGCUCCACAAGAGUGUUUUCUCAGGUCGUUCCUGUGCAUGCGUGCCCGUGUCGAUGCUGUCCGUGGAGCCAAGUUUCGCGAGCUGAAAGCCACCCCAAAACGACGUUGGACAGACUUCGUUAUGUGAAAUGAAGUGUUCUGCAAUCCCCCUUACGCAGCACCAUGGUAUGUGAGCCGAGCCCAUGGGGAACGCGCUGUGCUGCUGCCUCGGCCAGGACGCGUCGACCGGCGACCACCCGCUAAAGUUUCUCGACCCAGCGUGCUCCAAGGGCGGAACCACGGGCGUCACCAACAGCCAGGCCGCUGCCACAGGGCCCGCCUACGCGGCGGGCGCCUCCACAACACCCACCGGCGGUGGUGGCGGCGGCCUAGGCUCCACGGUUGCCAGCACGCCAGCAACCACACCAACCGGCAUCGCCGGUCUCCUUGCCAACUCGGCCGCGGCCACGUCCGAGUCCAACGUGGCCACCUCAACCGCUCCGACAGCGGCCCCACGGACCAGUAUUGGUGAACGGUUUAUGUUCUACCCGCGUCUCCAGCGGGACGCGGGGCGCCGCGGCACAUUCGAGCCACGGCAUUCGGAGGCCCGCGCCGGUGCGCUCUUCGAGAAGUAUAGGGACCCCGAGGAGGACGCUGUGCUCGCCGAGGGCAUCGUGCGCCUCUGCGACGACUUGGGGGUGAGGCCCGAAGAGUUCCGUGUUCUUCUUCUUGCGUGGAAAUUUGGUGCCCAGCAGAUGUGCCGGUUCACCAGAGACGAGUUCCUCGGGGGCUGCCGCGCCCUCCGCGCCGACUCGGUCUCGGCCAUCCAGGCACGGUUCCCGGAACUCCUGGCCGAGGCCCGCGAACCAACCCGGUUCCGUGACCUCUACCGUUUCACAUUCCGUUUCGGGCUUGAGUCGGGGCAGCGCACGCUGCCAACGGACAUGGCAGCACAGCUCUGGCGCCUUGUGUUCUCCCAGGAGCCGCCGUUAGUGCUCGAGCGCUGGCUGGCGUUCCUUGAGAGCCACCCUGAGGUGCGCGGCAUCACUAGCGACACGUGGAACAUGUUUUUGCACUUUGCGGAGACUGCGGGCCGCGACCUCAGCACGUACGACGACUCAGAGGCGUGGCCCAGCCUCUUCGAUGACUUUGUGGAGUUCGAGAAUGACCAGACGAACCAGAAUGUGCUUCACCAGGUGAACAAGGGCGGAAGUGAUGUGAAAGCCGAGUGACGGUGCAUCGCCCAAGGGUUGUGACUAAUCGCAAACAUCGAGCCGGUCGAGUGCAGCAAGCUCCACGGCCGCCUGGAACACGGUCCCGACAGCUGACGUGCUGCAUCCUGUGGCAUGUAGUCUGCAAGCCGGAUUUUACAGAAGGCGUACGGGGCCGGGAGCGCGUUAAAAGCCUGUGCUCUGUUUUGAGCUUAGAACCCUACACGUGAUCACAUUCGUAGACUGCAUUUUUGACUGCAGGUUCGCGGAGGGGCUCCUAGAAGACCGUGUUAGUAGGCUCACAGAGAGGGCUGGCGUUUGAAAUGCAAGAGCACAAUUUUUGUCGGUGACGUAGCAGCACUCGAGGAAGGAAACCUUCCUUGACUUGACCAAACAGAUUUGUGGGAUGAAAUAGUGUUCUUUAUUCACGUUCAGCUGAACGUGAAGCAUGUGAGUCAAAUUAUUUCUUUUGCCGGUGAAGCGCACACUUCAAAAUGGACGAUGCCUUUCUGCCACACCUUCUACACCUGCUGUUGCAUCGCCACAUGAUGUUGAGAUGUGAAUUUACGAGACAAGCGUGUGCGUGCCUUGGGAGCAUAGAGAACUAGUCAUCGCACCUGUGCUCUCUGGAGGGUGUGGCGAUUUGGCUUUGCUAAUAGUGUUCUGCAUUACAGGAGGCAUAGUGUUUGUAUGUUGUUGGCAAAAACAGAAACAAGAAACACACUGGUCUUGUAUUUUUAUAGUGUAUACUGUGACUUAAUUUAAAGUACUGCGGUGGCACUUGGCAGUGUGACACUCCUGUUUUCUCCUUUUCCUUGUCUGCCGUUUCUUAAGCUGGAUUCACACGGCGGACAUGAUUGCGGACGAAUCAAUAGUGUGACAUAUGAUGUAGAUUCAAUCACUUCACGGCUAGCAUUCACUCAACAGAAGAAUGGACAAACUAACCCUGCUUCCGCUUCUUGACGCAUGGGAAAUGGCAUAAACACGUUCGAAUGUUAGCUUUUCACUAGUUGCCAUCCAGCUCGCAGCAUGAGCCACGCCUUAUUGUUGCACACGUUUCAAUUCAGUGAACGACCUAAAGGUGGUUGUUGCCAGACUAAGCCAUUUUGCUGUCAGUAUUUUGGUAUUUCUAGCCCAAAGUAGUGAUUUAGUUUUUAAUUGUAUCUUGAAUUGCUUCGCACAGACUGUAGGGACAGGUGAUGUAUGAUCUCGUGAUAUACAAUCAGCAAGCUCAAAUCGCGAUUCUGUCCGUCACAUGAAUCCAGCUUUAUUUACUUUUCCUUUGUAUAUCAGCACACAGUGCCUGUAAACUGUUGCUUUCUUGAUUUGACGGUGUCUCGUUGAAGUCGAUGGUCUCUUGUGCAGGGUUCAUAGCACUCACUGAAAACCUUUGAACAUCAAUAAGGCUUUUUUUUCAGGAUCUUGAAAGCCAUUUAGUUUCACGAAGUGUUUGCAAGAUCUUCAAAUUUCGUGUUAUGACUAGGCUUAACAGAUUUUGUACAUCUGGCCACUAGUUUGGUGUAAUCCUGAAGCCAGGUCAAUCCAGUCUUGCUCGCAGAAUUGUAAUGGCUGAUUCGCUAAGCCUUUUUCGUGUGCGUUUUCCAUUUCUGUACAGUUGAAAAGAAAGUUUGCUUGUUGUUUAAGGCAAUACCUUGUUUACAGCCUGUCAAACAUGAGUGUGUUUUUUUUUUUUUUUUCGUUAAAAUGGUAUUUCAAGGUCUUGUAAGCAUCAAUGGCCUUGAAUUUCAUCCACAAAACUGGCUGUGAACCCUGCCACUGGGAAGCUACUUUUUUCUGGCUAAGAGAUUUGCUCCAAGCUAGUAAGGGAAAUGGUAAACAUAAAGCAAUUUUUGUGCAAAUUUUUUUACUAGGUAGUAUAAGUGUCAUGCCUUAAAAUCUCUUGGCAUUGCUGCUGCACACAAAACCUUUCAUCAUUUCUUUUGUACAAAGUGUGAAGGACAUCUGUAUGGGAGUAUAUACGCUGUGUCUUCCUUGUAGCUGGCUGUGAGUGCAUUUGCUGCAGGCUUACAAAGCACCUGCAACUGUGCUGUAGCCAUUGUUGGUGGAUGUGUAUAUUGUGAGUGACAACGAAUAAAGCAAAAUUCUGGCAAUUGAUAGAACUUUGCAGCCGCAUUGGGCAGUAGUGGCACUGAGCUGAUGGAAUAGGUAUUCUUGUGCAUUUUUGUCAAUUGGACGAACUAUUGAAGCUCUCAAAAUGUUCUCGCGAGCGACCUCCAGCGGUUGAACAGGGAGCAUGAGUAUGAUUUAGCGUUUAUGAGCAGGCACGCUUUAGCAUCACGAAAGCAGUAAAGUUCAGUCGUCUCAUCUCCGGUUAGCUGUGGAGCACAGCGGCAUAAAUGUUGUUAACAUAAAGGCCUAUGGCACAUACCCAUGUAGGGCAUCGGCCAAGAAUCGGGUAUUUACCAGAGAAUGAUUAAGAUGGGGUUAACUAUUUCGAGGGUUGUCACAUACACAAAAAAUUUAUAAAAUAGGAAUUAACGAAAAGAAAGAACAAUUCGACAAGGUAUUUAAUCAUUUGGUUUCACUAGCAAGUCGCAGACGGCGGAGAAAAUAUUUCUGUGACUAGAACCAAGAAUAGAGGCUCCAAAAACAGUAUUACAGGAAUAGGUGUACCUAGACCAAGAGUUUGUAGUAAAGCUUGCAGAAAAACAUUGACACAACUAAAAGGAAAUGGGAUCUGUCAUUUUAACUUUGACUCAGAAUGAGCUUAAGGGGACAAAACCAGUCCGGACUUGUGUAACGUGCAUCCACAGCAUCAUGUCUUGCCUUUCUUUAAUUUUUCGCCUUUUCUUUCUUUGGGGAGAGCCAAUAAAUGGUGGCGAAGUCAACGUGCAGUGCAAUCCAUUGUUAAAAGGGUAGAGCAUGUUUCAAAUUUUUCUUUCUGGCAGCUGUACAAUCGCCCGUCUCUGCAGCAGGUUACUUUUGGUUAGCGGCAGCGGCAUCUUUCUAGGCACCUGUGCAGUGCAUUGACAUAGCUUCAGCCAACACUUGUAGCUAGACUGCCAGAAAAGUGAAAGCCACUCAUCAGAGUGUUUACUUUAACAGUGGAUCACGCUGUACGCCUCUAUGUCACGUUAACAUUCUCAUCACAUAGUGCAUUGCAUCAGGCUGUUCUCUACAUUUACUGUGUGGACGCUUCGUCUUCAGAACAAUAAUUGGCACUUUCUUAACCCUUAUGUGCUACUUCUAAAGCUCCCACUGCUAUUUUCUCAGUAGAAACCAGCAUCAGAUUGUUUAAUUGAUUGAUUGAUUGAUUGAAGGUCCUUUAUUUUUAAAGGGUGGUUGCACACAGGGCUUCUGUUUUGGAGGAGGGGGGCCUUGUCGUACUGUGCAUUGCUCAGUCUAUCCCAGUUCUUGGUUAAGGUCCUAGUCAGCCAACGAGUGGUCUUAUGCUGAGGCUAGGGUUGCCAGCCAGCCGGUUAGCUGCUUUUCCCUCUUGGUGCCAGCUGCCAUUUCGACCUCCACACCAGCAUGACAUUUUGACGGUUCUCUCUAAAUCGGUGCAUUGUAAGUUGAGUUGUAAGCUCUUUCAGGUGUUCCUACAUAACAGGCGACUCAGUUGGUGCAGCUUUAUUAAUUCCCAAUUCUUUAAGCUUUCCCUAAUUUCUUGAAGCAUAUAUUUUGUUGUCGUCUAGACUGCUAUGUCUUGCCGAGUUGUUUCUAGGCUACCAAUAUGCCUUACAAAUAAAUAAUUUGCAGUGACACCUGUAAGGUUUUAAAAGUGCACCAAAUUUUUAUGAUGUGUUCGAGUAAAUUUCAAUUGCGAGAAGUUUGUACUUAGUGUAGCACCACUUUAUUUUGUUUUUUGUUUGUAUUUUGCAUGCAGCACCUUUAUGUGAGACACUCCCCCCUCCUUGGUGUUUUUUUUUUUUUCUUUUCUUUUUUGACAAAAGCCACAGCCCUAGCUGAGGCUGGAUGGACCUGAUUAGGAGAGAGGCUAAUCAACUGCCCGACACUGCUUUGAGCAGAUGACAUCUGCUUGGCUCACAGAUUCUGACACACAGUGUUUAGUUGCUUAACAAAGUGUGCAGGCUCCUGCUAGCCGAAGACUGUACACGGGGCAGUUUGCCUAUAACAACCUAUUGUCGUACAGGUGCUAGCUUAGUUCCAAAAUACCUUCAAAAGAGAGAUUGUUUUGAUCACCACUUAAGCAGUCCAUGUUGAAAUCUUCAUGGGGACACAAAUAUUUUACCUAAAUUAUUGCCUCCCCAAACCAAAGCUAUCGUAUAGUUCCGUUCACAAGAAAUAGCAAAGCAGUUCUGAGAAAUCCGUGACGUGGCAGUCUGCAGAUUUUUGAGUUAUCAGGAGGUUGAAGUAUCCACAGUGGAAUAAAAUAGUCUAAACUGAACAGCAGUUUGGUUAACGUGUACGAAUUAGUUGAACAUUAUGCAUUCGAUCAAGUGUACAAAGAGACAUGUUUGACCUAAGUGGUUGCAUUGGCAAUAGCUGGAUUAGCGGCACUGCCGCUUUGAAAUGAACCAAUAUUAUUGGCCGACUUUCCUGAAUUGGGUACCUUCAAAAUGCAUUGAAAACAUAGCCAGCUUAUCAAGAUCUUGUGAUUAGCUCUAAUUCUCUGGCAUUUUUAUUAAUCUGAUUUAAUAUUAUCGAGUCUACUGGCUUUGGCGGCAGCAGUUGAAGUGUGCCACAAGAUAUUUUUUCAUGCGUCUUUUAGGUUUGCUGCACUUCAGUAUUAGCUGUUGCUGUUUUAAUAGGAUAUUGUGUCCCAUACAGAUGGCAGCUGAGAACUUAGUCUUUGACUAUGUGGUGCAUUAUUGUCACUAGGAACAUGCUGUGUCAAAUGAGGGAACCUUUAAAGUAACGCUUGCAUGACGUUUCAGAUUUGUCAUUUCUUCUUUCUUUUUUAACAUGUAGGUCGAAACGCUCCAAACCCCAGAAAACUACUGGCAAAAAUGCCCUCGAUAAUUUGAUAUGGUGCUUCAUUCUAUGAACCAAUUUUGGUGUCAGUAUCAAGAAUGUGAUUGUGUCAUGACACAUUGGCUUACUCCGUUCCUGCAAUUACUGCGGGGACCGCACAUCAGCACAGCAUUCACUAUUGUUUUUCUGAUUGACAUCGUGUUUAUCCUUACAUGACAUUAGCAAAUUUCAUUUCUGUGUCAUGAUGUAAUGAAAAUGUCCAUGACACCAGGUCUGGCUUUGAGAGACUGACAUUGGUGUCCGUUGAUAUAAUUACGAUAUCUUGCAAGUGUUCCCACUCUCGCUAAGCAUCAUCCAUUCUUGCGCGAGAAGCAUGUGGAAGCGAACUUCGAAAAUAUUCAUCGGUACUCCUUUACGCAUUGAGCUGAUUGAUCUCCCUUUAUCUUAGCUUUGCACUCUGAAACGCUUAGCACGACUUCGCUGACUUUUAUUUUUCUUAAGAUCGGUGCGGCAGACAUGCCUCUGUGCUCUCAUUUAUUCCCCUGAUGUUACCUUUAUUGAUCUUGAUGUUUUCUUGCUUUCGUUGUUGAUAUGUCACUUUAUUACUUUUUUUUUUACACUUACCUUCCUUCCGUAGCUGUUUACACGUGCCUUUAGCGUUGAUAUUCAGCCUUAGCUGUCAGGCCAGUUUUAAAGCCGUUCUCAUCGGGUUCUAGUCCUUCUCUUUACAGAUGAAACUUUUGCUCCUGGAUGGACCUUGCAUAGGGGGCGUUUACUUUAUUGAAUGAAGCAGCAUGAUGAAUACUAUCGUGACCUGCUCAAUAUGUUGUGAUCUUUAAGAUAGUGUAGACAAAGGUGUGCUUUUUCUAACACAGAUAAACAAAGCUUGCCGAAAGAACACCUCUCACCAAAUGAAGCUUUAGGGGUGGGAGGAUAUUGCCUGUCUGUGUUCAAGAAGUAUGACGAGAGAGUAAACUUGAUGCAUAUUUAUUGAAACAAAUGCACAGCCGUCAGUGUUACUUUUCAGAUUGUACAUUGUGACCAAAAAAGGACAUAUUUUUUGGCAAUUGUAAGCAUUAUGACACUGUAGUUGCAGCUAUGUGACUUUGAGUGGUAGUUAGUUUUACUGCACCAAUUAUUUUGAUAGCUAACAGUUCUGUUGUAGCUGUGUUGCAGUGUAAAAGUGUGAAAAGAACACAAACUUGAAUUCUGCCCUAGAAUUCUGUUCACUUAAUCUGUUCUGUAGACGAUCACAUUGCCUCUCAAGUCUUUGGUCUAGUUGUGACAUGACAUUGAAAUUCAUUGUCACAGACCAUGACCUAAGGUGUUCUCAUGCUGCUACUGGUAGUUUUUUUUUUUUUUUUCUUGAGCAAUUUUGCUAGCUGCUGCUAACUGCGCUGUUGUGCCUGUAAAAUAGGAAGAAAAAAAUGAUUCAGCCUUCGGUGUUAGCCUGCAGAGCGUUUGGUACUUACAUGGCUCAUCUUUUAGAACUGUGGCAACAUUGCUAGGUGCAGACCAGACACUAUAGAUAGAAAUGACAGAGUGCAUUGCACAACAAUUUAUUUAGGAACUGUCACGACUUGCAAAAUGUCAAUGGUUGUCUAAUUCUGCUGACACCCAGAGGUACAAGUAGACCAGCCCCAGGUGUAUCAGCACGUUCCGCACAGUUUACAAACCACGGGACAUUCAAUUUUAAAUAUUGUGAUGAUGUGCAGAACUGACAUUCCCCAUCACGCUUGUGUAGAAAGCGUAGGACUUUGCACAUGGAUUAAGCACAGGCAUGUUGAGUGUGCUGCAAGUUUAAUUAAAGCCUGUUGGUGUUCGAGCAAGUGUGAAGCAAGUUGGCCUGGCUCUGAAGAAUGACUGGGCUUUGCUGUGUAGUGUGGUGGUACUGUGCGGGUGCUUUGUGUGAAUGGUUGUGCCUAUCAUCGUCGCAGAGAGGCUGGUAUGUGUCGGCUGUCACUCUUUCGUUUGUAUUUCCUUGGCAAAGCUUGAUCUUUUGCAUGUCGAUCCCAGGGUUCAUGAAGAAUUGUUCAAGAAAGCAUUGUCUCACUGUUGCUGUUUAUUUUUUUACCCGAAAUGUGACGCAUACCAGCUUGAGUUCCUGUCAUGUGCUGAAGUCAUUGUUGGCCUCCUUGCCUGACAUUGUGGAAGAUUCUUUUUCUCUCCUUGUGUUUGGUGAUCACAUCUUGGCUUGGUGUUAACUGCAACGCCGGCUGUACAUGCUUGAAUCCUUCUGUUCUCGCUGUAUAUGUACUCUCUGGCAGAGUGUCGCAUUUGCUAUCGCUGUUGAAAUCUACGAAUGUGUGGCUAUUUACAAGGCAUGUGUGGGUGCGUGUGUGGGCUACCAAUAAACUAUUUUCUACGAAAA